AGGACUUGAAGCACAGGAAACCCCUUCUGUGCUGAAUCUACUCUAUCAGGCACUAAUGUAGGGGAAGACACUCCUGAUCCCUUAAAGGACAGCUGGGAGCAGCUUGGCAGAAGAGAAGAGGAAAAGGCUCUCUUUGGGACUGCCACUAGGAAUCCACUUCUGAGCCCCCCAACUCUCUAUUCCUAAGAUUCCUGCACCCACCUCCCUUAGCCCCACUGCGCUUCUUCUGCUCCGCCCUGGCCCAACCCCUCCCAGGACCUCCCCCGCCCUCCCCCAAAGGGAAAAGGAGGAGGCCCCACAGAGUUCAACUCAGCAGACACCUAUCCUGAUCCCAAGAGUGUCACACCGGACAGGACCCACAGAGAACACUUGCCUCUUUCAGCAGAAGCAGCUCCAUGGACCCCCUUGAAUCUGUGGUGAAGAACCCAUACACCAGCAUCAACAUCCCCCGAGCCCACCUUCGCCCAGACCUAGAACAGCAGCUGGAACAAAGCCAGGACACUCCAUACCCAGGGGCCAGGCCUAGCCCUGUGCCUGCUUACUCCCCACCAACAGUGGGUGGGUGGACCCAGGAGGAAGCCAAAGGAGGGUCUCAAAUCCCGACCCAGGCAACUUGGCAACAGCCAGGGAAUCCUUACGCUGGCCUGCAACAGACAUCAGGGACCACAGAGCCACCUUAUACGACUGUACCACCAGCACGACCCGGAGACGACAUCGCCCAUCACUGCUGCUGCUGCCCCUGUUGCCGUUGUUGCCGCUGCCCUCGCUGUUGCCGCUGCCACAGCUGUUGCUGUGUGGUCUCUUAGCUCCUCUGAACACCUAGCCCAGAGGAACCCAGACUGAGGGAGACCUGUCUAUGCCACGAUGCAGUCAGGUUUGUUGUCAUUCAGGGGUAAGGAGGGUGGUUCCCUCCCUCUUGGAUGUCAUUAAGCCACCUCCAGCCAAAGGAACUGGAGCUCAGGAUAGAGUCUGAAGUCAUUAGGAUUUGAUGCAUUUGAAAUCUUCUUCCUAUCUCCCUCUCCAAAUCACCCAUCGUGACAGGACAGAGUCCUUGGCAGAAUCAAGAGCCCGGGCAUCACAGAAUUUCUGACCUCAAAUGGACCAAAGAGAUCCUAACUUCAGUCUGUACCUGAACAGAAUUCUGUGAUCUUGAUAAAUGAAUAUCUAACAGCUGCUGAAAAAUCACCAGUGGCUGGUAGCUCACUACCUGCCACAGGAGCUCAUUCUGCCUUUGGCUGACUGUUAGGAAGUUUUCCCUUUCACUGAAUGGAAAUUUGUCUCAAUAUAAGUUCCAUUCACUGACUUUUAUUCUACCCUUUGGGGCCAAGUAAAACAAGUCUGAUCCCUCUUCCCCAUCACAACUCUUCAGAUAUUGGAAGACACCUGUCAUCUUUAUUCUUUUCUUCUCCAGGAUAAACAUACCUCGUUUCUUCAACUGAUCAUAGUAUGUUAUGGUUUCCAAGCCAUUUGGACUCUUCCUCCUUGUUGAUGUCCUGUCUAAAAUGUGAUACCCAGACCUGAAUACACUGCUAUAAAAUUUGGGGGUGAGUCCAAGGUCUAUCGUGAGGAGCUUGUUGAGUGGGAUGUCAAGGAAAUCAGAAACCAAAUUUGGGAGAGGAAAGAUCUCUACCCAAGACUGAGGAAGGUAUUCAAACCUCCCCUCAGAAUUAUGGCAGCCUAAACCCUGUGCCUAUUGAAAGCCAUCAUCAGCACUGUUGAUACUUAUUAGUAUCCACUAUCUAUCCACCAGAACCCUGAACCAGUGAUGAGGAUCAGUAGGAAUGAUUCCUAUCCUCAAGAGUCUUAUCAACCAUACCCCACAUCACCUGGGGCUAAGGCACCUGCAUUGAUGACCACCCUCAGAGAACACUUCACUUCUUCCAGUUACCUCUGUUGUUCCCUUGACAAUAAACCUAAAUAAUUUGUUCA